UGAAUCUUCCCUGGCAUUAGUCUUAAACACCCACUCAGCAGAAGCAGGUAUUCAGACCUACUUUAUAAUUUCAGAGGAACCUGUUGACGUCUUAAUCUCCAGAAGGAUGAAUUCCUUGUGGAACAUAAUGGUUUUCCUGUGCGUCUUUGUACCUGCAGCUCAGUGUCUGAAGUGUCAGCAGUGCCCCAUUUCUAUUGUAGACGCAUGUCUUUUUGGAAAGGAGGUCACAUGUAAUAACCAGACUGAAAAAUGCUUUCGUGGACAAGCAAAGUUCAAUGCUACAGAGGGGGUCGUGCUGUACAUUCGUGGAUGUCUGGACUCGGACCUUUGUGAAAAAACGAUAACUGGCCAGUUCCUGGGAUCAGGAUACAGCAGCAGAUUCACAUGUUGUAACACAACCCUGUGUAACGGAGCCACUUUAGUUCAGAUCUCUGUGAUGGCAGCCAUCGGCACUGCAGUCCUGUCCUCUGUGUGGACCGCAUGGGGGGUGUAGUUUUACAUCAUCUGUCUCCUCACACCAAAUCUGUUUUGAUCAGUUUACACGCUCAUCUAACCUUUAAUCUCAAUGAAUGAGGAAUAAAUAAAUUCCAGAAAAGAAAAAAAAAAAAAACAUAAAAAAAAUCAUGCAGUGUGACAUGAAUCAUACAUGAAGUUGAUUUUUUUUUGAUGACUUGCAUUUUUUAU